AUGGUCCCACUUGUUGAUUUUGGAUGCACUGCCUGGACCCAGCUAGGAACCACGCCCACCCGAACACUGACACCGAUUGCCCACCGGACUGAACGCUCUCGUCUGCCGCGCGAGCCCCGCAACCUUCUCGGAGCCUUUGCACUAACGGAUACCUUCUCCUCGGAAAACAUUGUUACUUUUGUGAAGGAAGAACUGAAGAAGAUCCAGAAGGUUCUGAGUCCAGAUUAUCCAGAACAUUCAGAGAGUCAGAGAGAUGAUGAGGUGUUGGAAGGUGAUGAUGAAGAGCAUAGGAGGAGCAGCAGAGAGGCAGUGAUGAAGAUCACACUGAACUUCCUGAGGAUGAUGAAGGAGGAAAAGCUGGCUGACCAUCUGCAGACCAGAUAUUUUGCUGCAGUUUGUGAACAUAAACUUAAAUCUGGUCUGAAAAAGAAGUUCCAGUCUGUGUUUGAGGGAAUUGCUAAAGCAGGAAGUCCAACCCUUCUGAACCAGAUCUACACAGAGCUCUACAUCACAGAGGGAGGGACUGGAGAGGUCAAUGAUGAACAUGAGGUCAGACAGAUUGAAAGAGCAUCCAGGAAACCAGACAGACCAGAAACAACAAUCAGACAAGAAGACAUCUUUAAAGUCCCACCUGGAAGAGAUCAACCAAUCAGAACAGUGAUGACAAAGGGAGUGGCUGGCAUUGGGAAAACAGUCCUAACACAGAAGUUCACUCUGGACUGGGCUGAAGACAAAGCCCACCAGAACAUCCAGUUCAUAUUUCCAUUCACCUUCAGAGAGCUGAAUGUGCUGAAAGAGAAAAAGUUCAGCUUGGUGGAACUUGUUCAUCACUUCUUUAGUGAAACCAAAGAAAUCUGCAGCUUUGAACACUUCCAGGUUCUAUUCAUCUUUGAUGGCUUGGAUGAGAGUCGACUUCCACUGGACUUCCACAACAAGGAGAUCCUGACUGAUGCUACAGAGUCCACCUCAGUGGAUGUUCUGCUGACAAACCUCAAGGGGAAACUGCUUCCCUCUGCUCUCCUCUGGAUAACCACACGACCUGCAGCAGCCAAUCAGAUCCCUCCUCAGUGUGUUGGCAUGGUGACAGAGGUCAGAGGGUUCAAUGACCCUCAGAAGGAGGAGUACUUCAGGAAGAGAUUCAGAGAUGAGAAUCAGGCCAGCAGGAUCAUCUCCCACAUGAAGACAUCACAAAGCCUCCACAUCAUGUGCCACAUCCCAGUCUUCUGCUGGAUCACUGCUACAGUUCUGGAGGAUGUGUUGGAGACCAGAGAGGGAGGAGAGCUGCCCAGAACCCUGACUAAGAUGUACAUCCACUUCCUGGUGGUUCAGACCAAAGUGAAGAAGGUCAAGUAUGAUGGAGGAGCUGAAACAGAUCCACACUGGAGUCCAGAGAGCAGGAAGAUGAUUGAGUCUCUGGGAAAACUGGCUUUUGAUCAGCUGCAGAAAGGAAACCUGAUCUUCUAUGAAUCAGACCUGACAGAGUGUGGCAUCAAUAUCAGAGCAGCCUCAGUGUACUCAGGAGUGUUCACACAGAUCUUUAAAGAGGAGAGAGGUCUGUACCAGGACAAGGUGUUCUGCUUCGUCCAUCUGAGUGUUCAGGAGUUUCUGGCUGCUCUUCAUGUUCAUCUGACCUUCAUCAACUCUGGUGUCAAUCUGAUGAAAGAAUCGCAAACAUCUAAAAAAUCUUCAUUAUUUAAUAAACCUAAACUAAAGUCUCUCCAUCAGAGAGCUGUUGACCAGGCCUUACAGAGUCCAAAUGGACACCUGGACUUGUUCCUCCGCUUCCUCAUGGGCCUUUCACUGCAGACCAAUCAGAGACUCCUACAAGAUCUGCUGACAAAGACAGAAAGUGGCUCACAGACCAAUCAGGAAACAGUUCAGUACAUCAAAGAGAAGAUUAAUGAGAAUGUGUCUGCAGAGAAAAGCAUCAAUCUGUUCCACUGUCUGAAUGAACUGAAUGAUCGUUCUCUAGUGGAGGAGAUCCAACAGUCUCUGAGUUCAGGAAGUCUUUCCACAGAUAAACUGUCUAAUGCUCAUUGGUCAGCUCUGGGUUUCAUCUUAGUGUCAUCAGGAAAAGAUCUGGAUGUGUUUGACCUGAAGAAAUACUCUGCUUCAGAGGAGGUUCUUCUGAGGCUGCUGCCAGUGGUUAAAGCCUCCAACAAAGCUCUACUGAGUGGCUGUAACCUCUCAGAGAGAAGCUGUGAAGCUCUGUCCUCAGUUCUCAGCUCCCAGUCCUCCAGUCUCAGAGAAUUGGACCUGAGUAACAACAACCUGCAGGAUUCAGGAGUGAAGCUUCUCUCUGCUGGACUGAAGAGUCCAAACUGCAACCUGGAAACUCUCAGACUGAGUGGCUGUAACCUCUCAGAGAGAAGCUGUGAAGCUCUGUCCUCAGUUCUCAGCUCCCAGUCCUCCAGUCUCAGAGAACUGGACCUGAGUAACAACAACCUGCAGGAUUCAGGAGUGAAGCUUCUCUCUGCUGGACUGAAGAGUCCAAACUGCAACCUGGAAACUCUCAGGGUGGAGCCUGCUGGAGGCCGAUUCUUGACUCCAGGUCCAUGGAGACUGAAGAGAUAUUCCUGUCAACUCACCAUCGACACAAACACAGUGAACAGAAAACUCAAACUGUCUGAAGACAACAGGAAGGUGACACGUGUGGAGGAGCUUCAGUCAUAUCCUGAUCAUCCAGACAGAUUUGAUUACUGGAAUCAGCUGCUGUGUAGAACUGGUCUGACUGGUCGCUGUUACUGGGAGGUUGAGUGGAGAGGAUAUGUUUUUAUAUCAGUGAGUUACAGAAAAAUCAGGAGGAAAAGAGACAUUAGAGACUGUUUGUUUGGAUGUAAUGAUCAUUCCUGGAGUCUGAGUUGCUCUGAUCGUCAUGGUUUCUCUGUCUGGCACAAUAACAUAGAAACCAGUCUUUCCUCCUCCUCUGUCUCUAACAGAGUAGCAGUGUAUGUGGACUGUCCUGCUGGCAUUCUGUCCUUCUACAGAGUCUCCUCUGACUCACUGAUCCUCCUCCACACCUUCAACACCACAUUCACUGAACCUCUGAUUCCUGGAUUUACAGUCUGGUGGCCCAGUUCUGGUUCCUCUUCAGUGUUUCUGUUCUGA